UGGGGCGAUGUGGGAAACUUGAUAUGGGGUAGGUGUACUGCAGGAAGGGUAGAAAUCCUUCAUUCGACCUGCAACUAUCUCGAAUAAGACGUUGAACUAUUGCGAGACCGUCUCCACUUCAUCGAAGCCCCAAACAUCACCACAAUGGUCGCCCAACCCAUUGGCACAAAGAAGUCCGUCGCAGGUCCCAAAACUACGGGCCCCAAAGCCGUUGGAGCAGCAAAGAAGCCCGUAUCGGCCCAGACGAAAACGGUCCCGUACAAGAAACCCGCCACAGCACCAGCAAAAAAGGCUAUCACAUCCAAAACAGCGACUAAGAAGCCCCUUGGCGCCCCUGCUGUCAAGAAGCCUGUUGGCUCGCAACCGAUUGGUGCAAAGAAGGCCAUCCCACCAGCACCAAAGAACGUCGUAAAGCCGCAGAAUAAGAGCUGGCUUACAAAGGCCAUUGGUGCAGCGUCGUCAGGCAUCAGUAGCGCGACAAGUGCUGCCGCGAGCGGCGUGGGAAAUGCUGCCGGCGCGGUAGUAACAGCUGCUGGGAAUGGCGUUGCUGGUGCUGGAAGGGGUGCUGGUGCAAGCAUAUCAAACACAUCGCGAGGCUGGGGUGACAUGGUCCGCGAGUAUGGCAACUCCAUCAAGGACAUGACUGGCGCCGCGGGCAGCCGGGCGACUACCAAGGGAAACCCCCUGGGUCUAUCAACAAGUGCCGCAGGAGGCGCUGCGAGCAUGGCAACCAGGCCUGGCGUCACAGGUAGCACAGUGAAGAAGUCCAGCGCGAGCAAUCCCCUGGGGCUGUAAGACACGGGCAGAGAAGAUAGAUACGGUGUAAGAUAUGAGCGGUUAUGGUACACGAAAAAUCAGGUCUAUGAAUUUGGUGGGGUAUCUUGGAAAUAUAUGGUACAAUGAAGU